CUCCUGAGAUCCAUCAACCUCACCGACCACCCUUUUCCACACAACCACAACACAAAAUGGUUUCCUUCAAAGCACUCGCCUUCUUGGCUCUCUCUACCUCUGCUGCCGUAGAGGCACACAUGCGCCUAUCCUGGCCUCCACCACUUGCUGGAGACAACAACCCAAACACUGUCAAUGCCGACGCUUUCUUGCACUACCCAUACGGUUGCUGCGGUCGCGAAGUACCUGGCCGAUGCAACGGUCACCUCGACCUCCUGAACACGGACGAGGGCAAGCCUGUAGUCACCUGGGCUCCAGGACAGAAAGUCAACUUCACCCUUACCGGGCAGAAGGCUCAGGCUAAGGCUGACAACGUCGUUGGUGGAACUCACUACGGUGGUUCCUGCCAGGUGGGCUUCUCUACUGACGGAGGCAAAACGUUCAAGACCGCAACUACGUGGCAAGGCAACUGCCCCCUACGAAAGGGCGACAUCACCCCCAGCUCGCAGGUUUUCGACUUCACCGUCCCCGCCGAUCUCCCCGCUGGCGAGCGCACCAUCUUCAUCUGGAACUGGAUCAACCGCGAGCAGGAGAAAUUCGAGACCUGCGCCUCCGUCACAAUCUCUGGCUCCAACGGCGGCGGAGACCCCGACAAAGAGCCCGAGAGCUCCCCAGCACCAAGCUCAGCCCCUCAGCAACCGUCAGCAAGCGCUCCCCCUUCAGCGCCUUCUUCGGCAUCUACUUCCUCCGCACGUAAAGGCCGUCCCUCCAAGACCCAAUCCUCCGCCCCUCCCGCCAACACCGGCACCGGCGACAAAGCGCAAUACACACUCGAAGGAUGCACCUGCUCCUGCCCUUACCAGACCUGGUCUCAAGCCUGCGAAUGCUACGAGUGCGACUCGCCAUUGACGAAGCGCCACCUCGUCGAGCGCAAGGCCCUCGAGAUGCACAAUGAGGCCCAGCGCAAUGCCGCAAAGCUCAAUGUGCCGCACCGCCGCGCAGAGUCCGUCGCCUGGAGCUCCCGCCCAGACAUGCUUCUUGACAUCGACUUUGCGGGCGCCGCUUGCAAGUCCCAGGGCAACCCUGUCGAGUUGCAGUUUCCCAACCCGGGCCCAGACGUCGUCAAGGGCGAUGGAGAGUACAAACUCGGUACCCCUUCCUGCUAG